CAUGCCCGGAACCCACUGUGAUGCUCGAGCAGCAAGCAAUGCGAGAUCACGGCGGCUGCAGCAUGCGUCACAGCCAUGUUCAUGUACCCACCACCCUCACAUGUCCCUGGCGGCUAGCCCCCAAACUCUUUACUAUGUACUUGCCUAGCCCCGGCACGUUGCCGAGCUCGAGGUUACGUCUGGCAAGGAUAGUCAGAUACGCAGGGCGUCUAGAGCAGAGUCGUCUCCAUCCAUAUCGCCAUGGCGAUAACCUUAAUUCAGUCACCAUCCGACCACUGACCACGCUGACGACACUCUUCAUCGUGUCUGGCACGCCCGCGAUUUUCUGUGCAGCGCGCAUUCGGCUCCUUUAGAGGCUUAGUAUACUGUAAUGAGUGACGAUGUAAGAAAGUC